UCCUGACUGGAAGGGGUGAAAGUGUUCCGGACUGGAAGGGGUGAAAGUGUCCGGACUGGAAGGGGGCUGUGAAAGUGUCCGGACUGGAAGGAGGGGAAAGUGUCCGGACUGGAAGGGGGUGAAAGUGUCCGACUGGAAGGGGUGAAAGUGUCCGGACUGGAAGGGGGGAAAGUGGUCCGGACUGGAAGGGGGGGGAAAAUGUCCCGGGACUGGGAAAGGGGGGGAAAGUGUCCGACUGGAAGGGGGGGAAAGUGUCCGGUCUGGAAGGGGGUGAAAUGUGUUUCCGGUCUGGAAGGGGGGAAAGUGUCCGGACUGGAAGGGAGGGAAAGUGUCCGACUGGAAGGGGGGGGGAAAGUGUCCGGACUGGAAGGGGGGGAA